CAGUAUUCCAUUUCCCACAAACACAUUUUCAUUUUGUCUUUCCUCAAGCUCCCGCUCUCCUCUCCUUUUCUUUCCUCUCGAUCAAUUCAAAUCUCCUCUCCCGAUCUGGUUUUUUCGAGACUACUCCUACGAUCCACCCUACGACGCAGUAGCUUCGUUUUCAGGUUUCGUCUCUACCCUUUUUUUCUCUUUAUUACUUUUAUGAGUUUAUCGAGUCUGUGAUGAUAAAUGGUGAGCCGUCCGAUUCAUUUCUGCUAUUGCGGGAUCAGUUAUCGGACGACGGUGAUGCGUGCUCUUCUCGAUACUCGUCUUGUGGUGAGUCCGAGUUCGACCGCUACUGUAGCGCGAACUCGGUAAUGGGUACGCCCAGUAUGUGUAGUACGGUCACCGUUUUUAACGAUUUUGGGGAAUCUGAAUUUGGGUCUUUGAGGAAUUCUGGGUUUGGGGAGGAGACUGGCGGUUUGGAGAAUUUUAGCUUGGGAGGGAAAGGGGAGAGCAGUCGUGAGGAGAUUAAGAGUUUAGGUGAUAGGAAAAUCGAGUUUUGUAAUGUGAAUUCUAUGAAUUAUGGCUCUAGUGGGUUUGAAUUGUAUGGUGAUGACGAGUUUGAUCUUGGUGCUCCUGCUGUGAAUGAAUUGAUGUCUUGGAAGGUUGAGGGUGAGUCUUCUUCAGCUUUGGAAGGGGUAUCUGGAUUCGAAAAUGGUUUGGCUAAAGGUGAUAGUGGAGAAACUUUGAUACCAAAGAGAGGGGUUGAGGAAAUUGGAGUUACCGGAGAAAAUAAGGCUGAGCAGAUGUGUACCCAAGAAACUAAUAAUUCAGUUUUUGUUGGAAGUGACACUCGAAUUUCAGGGGAGGUUGAGAAAUGUUGUUUAGAUCCCAUUGCUAGUGCAGAGAAUGAGAGUGGCUUUGAUGGGUUAAAACCAGAAUCUUUUUGUUCUGGUGAUAUGAAGGAGAGGGAGAGACAAGAGUCACAAGAAGACAAUGCUUCAUCUAGAAAUGAGGAUUCUGAGGUUGAGGAUUCCAUGUACAACUAUGGUGCAGAUGACGAGGAUAAAUCUGGUUACAAUUACCAGAGGAACGAGCUUUAUAGGCAGGAAGCAAAAGUGAAGAAUGAAAAUCCAUUGCACAUUAACUCAUCUGUAGCCUUUGGUUCAGACGAUUGGGAUGAUUUUGUGCAAGAAAGUGGAGGAACCCAGAAGCCUUUAGAUCUUUUCACCAUGAAUGCUUUCCAAAACCAGGCAGAAAAGAAUAAUGAAACCAAAAGGGAACUUUUGGAUUCUAGUCCUGCGACCUCUGUUGGGUUUUCAAUUAAUCGUCAAACAGAGAAAGGAAAAAAUCUAACAGAGAUGCCCGUCUCCAGCAAUCAACUUGAAGGUGAUUAUACAUUGGAUGAUAUUGUAAAUAAUUCUGAAGCCGCAGCUCAUUUUCUAAAUUUUAGUGAACUAGAAGAUGUGAAGGAUAUUUCUGUAGCCAGUUGUCAAGUUCAAGGUAGUCCUGAUUUGACUGAAAUUACCAAAAGUUUGUUUACCACAACACCUUCUUUUCCAAAGGGUCAUGCAACAGAGCAAGAAAAAGCAAGUCCUGUUUCUCGUACCAUCAAUCAAGUUGGAGGCGUUGAUGAAUUGGCACACGAUCCUAAUAAAUUUGGGCUUGAUCCUCUAGAAGAAAAUUUUGCUGUGAAAACUGGUUAUAGCGAUAUGGAUAAUGGUAUGUCACAGACGAACCAAAAUGCUAUAAUUGAGGAGAGCAUCAGCAUUAAUGAUAGUGGAAUUUCCAAAAAUCGAGCUCUGGGGAACUCAAAAAUAAAAUUAGACCCUCUUGAUGACAAGUCAGCUAAACUAAGCUCUCAUUCAAACGUGCCAUCCAGAAAUAUGAAUUCAGAUUUUCUCAAAGACUAUAAGCCAAAGACAGACCUACCAAGUUUCGGGAAUAAUGUAAGGAAGAGUCCUCCUGUUUCGGAAGGUCCUGUUGGAACUCAUCCUGCAGUGGUAAAGACAGAUGAUCUUGAGCUUGAUGAAUUUUAUGAUGAGGUUGUCCUUGAAAUGGAAGAAAUUUUACUGGACUCUAGCGAGUCCCCAGGAGCUUGGUUUCCUCAUAGUAACAGGGGAUUACAAUCACAUCUAUCUCUACCCUUAAGAGAUGGUGGUUCCUCGGCUUCGACUUCUGGCAAGGAGGCAGAGGAUGCUCACCCAUUGUAUCAGCAGCCACUGAGAAUUGAUGACAUUGAAGUGGUAGGUGCUAGGCAAAAGAAAGGGGAUAUCUCAUUUAGUGAAAGACUAGUUGGAGUGAAAGAAUACACUGUAUAUAAAAUACGAGUAUUGAGUGGCAAGGAUCAAUGGGAGGUUGAACGGCGAUAUCGAGAUUUCUUUACCCUGUAUCGCCGGCUGAAAACAUUAUGCGCUAGCCAGGGUUGGACUCUACCUUCUAUCUGGGCCUCUGUUGAGAAGGAAUCCAGAAAGAUUUUUGGAAAUGCAUCUCCUGAUGUAGUUUCAGAGAGGAGUAUUCUCAUUCAGGAAUGCUUGCGCUCCAUUAUUCAUCCCAAGUUUUUUAACACUUCUCCAAGUGCGUUGAUUUGGUUUUUGUGUCCUCAAGAUUCAGUUCCUAGUUCCCCUGGAUCAAAUUUGAUGGCUCCUCGGUCUACUUCUAGAGGAAAUGGAGAAAACAUUUCCACAUUAGGGAAGACUAUAGCGCUUAUUGUUGAAAUCCAACCAUACAAAUCUAUGAAGCAGAUGCUAGAAGCACAGCAUUAUACUUGCGCUGGGUGCUACAAACAUUUUGAUGAUGAGAAGACACUUAUACGAGACUUUGCACAGACAUUUGGAUGGGGGAAACCUAGACUUUGUGAAUACACUAGUCAAUUAUUUUGCUCUUCUUGCCAUACAAAUGAAACUGCAGUUUUACCAGCAAGAGUAUUGCAUAAUUGGGAUUUUAUGGAAUAUCCAGUCUCUCAGUUGGCUAAAUCAUAUUUGGAUUCUAUACAUGAUCAGCCCAUGCUUUGUGUCAGCGCAGUCAAUCCAUUCCUCUUCUCAAAGGUCCCAGCUCUGCUUCACGUUAUGGGUGUUAGAAGAAAAAUUGGAAGUAUACUUUCAUAUGUCCACUGCUCAUUCAAAGGAUCUAUCAAUAAAGGACUUGGAUCUCGAAGAUAUCUUCUUGAAAGCAAUGAUUUUUUUGCUCUCAGAGACCUUAUUGAUCUUUCAAAAGGGGCGUUUGCUGUGCUACCUGUGAUGGUGGAAACUGUCUUGAAGAAAAUUCUGGAACACAUAACAGAGCAAUGCCUCGUAUGCUGUGAUGCGGGAGUCCCAUGUAGUGCUCGACAAGCUUGCAAUGACCCGUCUUCUCUAAUUUUCCCUUUCCAGCAGGAAGGUGAUGUCGAAAAAUGUCCCUCUUGUGAAUCAGUAUUCCACAAACAUUGCUUCAAAAAGCUCACAGAUUGCCCUUGUGGAGCACAUCUCAGGAUUGAUGACACAAGGUCACUGACUAAGAGAGUAAGCCGUAGUCGGGCCAGUGGUGAUAGCAGUGGAGCUUUAGACCUUUUCGGGAAGGGACUAACCUCUGGUUUGAAUGUUGGAUUUCUCUCUGGGUUGUUUGCAAAAGCAAAGCCAGACAACUUGGGAAUGCAUAAAAACAGUGACAAUGUCAUAUUGAUGGGUUCUAUGCCAAGCACUUCGUUGUGAUAGCUUUCAUUGCCAUUGUGUCAUAUGUUUGUUUUUUGGCCUGAAAUGAAACAUGAACAUUCUUUUCAUGUAAUAUUUUCUGAAUAAUUAGGCACUAGCCAAGGAAAAACUCUGUACAGCCGAGUAUCCUUGUAGAUUUAGGAGUUUUCUUUUUCUUUUUUCUUUUUAGCACCCUUGGUUGGUCAUUCUUUGGAACAUACAAAGAUAUAAAGUUUGCCUUCUUGUAAUUCAUUGUCUCUAUUUUACUUGUAUAAAAUCUUUGGCCACUAUA